AUGAUAGAUUUUGAAUUUUCAGAAAUUAGGAAGUUUAUUGAUGAGAAAAUAGUAUUAAUAAGUGAGACAUAAUAAUACUAUUGUCAAAGAGAGGAGAGUUAAUUGAGAAAAUUAAUUAAUAUGGGAAAAUUAUGGAACUUAAUUAAAAGUCAGCUUGUUAUACUAUUAAUGAGCUUGCUUUUGAUUCUUCAAUGCAUUUUUGGUUCAGAUGAAUACUACUAUUUGUUUGCGGUGUUAUUAUUGCAAUUAGCUCGUAUGGCUAGGGAGUAUUUUGGAGCAUCUUAAUUUUAAGUGGUACUAAUCAUACAAUAUUUGGGAUACAUGACAGUUCUGUAUUUUAGUAGUUAGAAAAAUCUGUUAUCGUGCAUGUGUGUAAUGUAGAUAGGAUAGACUUUAAUAUUUGAGAAUGAAUUCACGAACAAAUGGUUAAUAAUAUUGUUUUCGGUAGGAGCAGAUAUGCUUGUGUUAUUAUUAUUUAUGCCUGAUGAAAUAAGUCAAAUCUAUUUACCUUGUGUAUCCAUAGGCAUAAAGACAUUGACACAAUUGAUCAACUAACCUAAAUUAAAUGGAAACUUUAACUUCAAUUAAGAAAAUUUGUUCGUGGAUAGCAAUCAUCACUCUACUUAUCGGAUGUCAAAGGAUCGCAAUUUUCAUUCUGAUAGUCAGCCUCCCACUCCUAAAAACGAUCCUUAUUAGGUGGAAUUGCUGAGUUUUUUUCCUUAAGGGAUAGCACUGGUUGCAUUAAAUGAUGAUGUUUAGUUUUGCAAUGAGAAUAUGAAAAAGAUUUUUGUUUAAGAUGGAAGUCAGCAAUCAAUUUUAUAAGCAAUAUUUAGUUUGGAGGAGCAGCAGGUUGUGGAGUAAGCAGAGAAGUAAUCAAUAGAACAACCGAAAUAAUCGAUGAGUUCUUUUUCAACAUUUCAACCUGUACCUAUUCAGAAGACAUAAUUCACAAGUGCAGCAAGAUCUCAAAAUAAGUCAUCAGGAACUGUGGUAUAAUAGUAGCUGAAGGAGAGACCAUUGCCAAGAGCCUAGACAUAGCAUAAAUAAAAUACAUUGAAACUCCAGGACACUUUUAUUACAGAUUGUUGUGUAAUCGAGUAAGAGAUUCAGUGUAUGAAGAAGCAGAUCUAAAGAAAGGAAGUCCAGAAUUUGAUGAAGACUACUCAUGUGUAGGAACACAUUGUGGUUUUGGGGUAUAUUCGAUCGGAGAAACAGAAGAGAAGAUAAAUAGAAAUCAAGUUGUAUAUAACAUUGAUCAACGACUGUCCUUACAUUUUAAUAGUUGCUAGAGACAUAACUCAUAGAGAUUACAUUCGAACUUUGAAGAAUUACAGCAAAUAGAAAUCUAAGAUGUUGGCCUUUGUCAGUCAUGAAUACAGAACUCCUUUGAAUUGCAUUAUCGAUCAAUUGAAUGAGAAGACUAUCUUUUGUGAGAAGGAUAAGGAGAUCCAUAAACAUGUGAGGAUUGCUUUGCAUACAGCCAAAUAACUGUUGAAUCUCUCCGAUGAUCUCCUUGAUCUGGCACAAAUUAGAGAAGGCAAAUUUACAGCUGUCAAAUAAAAGUUCAAUCUAAAGAACAUGAUGAAGAGUUGUCUCGAGUUAUUCUCAGCCACUGCUGAAAAGUAAUAAAUAGUCUUGAAUUUGAAUUACAAUGCUCAUGUUCCAAAGAUUGUAGAACAAGAUUCCAAUAGAAUCAAAUAAAUCAUUAUGAAUUUAAUAGGAAAUGCCUUUAAAUUCACUGAAAAAGGAAACAUCACUUUGGAAGUCACCUAAGGCUCAGAUAGAAAGAGAAUCACCAUUUCUGUGAUUGACACAGGUAUAGGUAUUCCUGAUGAUGAUAAGGUCAAACUAUUUAAAGCUUUCGCUAAAGGCAGUAGUGAGGAGAGUAAGAAGAUGAACACAUAAGGAGUUGGAUUGGGAUUAUUGAUAAGUAACUAAAUCUUAUAAAAUCUCAAUGGAGACAUUCAAAAUGGAUUAAAACUUCAUUCUCAAAUUAAUAAAGGAUCUACUUUUUAUUUUACAAUUUAAAUUUGCGAUGUACAAUAAACCUUCUCGCUUCAUGAUUUAGAAGAACGUAAUCAGGAAAGUGAAAAUUCAGAAUAAAAUUCUUUGUUCAUUCCUGAUGAUGAUGACAAACCUUAAUAAUUGAAAGUUAUAACCAAAAAUUAAAAUAUUAAAGCAUCAACUAAAGUUUCGAUUGGAGAUCCUAAAAUUUUGAUUGUGGAUGAUGUGUAAUUAAAUGUUGAAAUGAUUGCACGUAUGAUUCAAGACACUGCUGUCGAUUGGGCCUUGAAUGGGUAUCAAGCAAUACAAAAAUGCAAAGAAAGAAUCAAGCACAAUCAGGAAUUCUACAAAGUUAUACUUAUGGAUUUAGAAAUGCCAAUUAUGAAUGGAUUUUAAGUGUCUUAAGCUAUUAUUACUUUGUGUGCUGAAUUGGGAGCAUCUACAACUAUUAUUGGGUGUUCGGCGUAUGACUCAGAAGAGUAGAUGCAAGAAUGUUUAAAAGUAGGAAUGACAGCAUACUUACAAAAGCCUGUAGAAUAGAAAGCCCUUAAAAAAAUCUUAUUUAAGUAUCUAUGA